AUGGUCCAAAUUUUUUCCAGCAUUGGGUUUUCUCUCAUAUCUCGAGUUGCAAAGAAUCAAACAGAACGUCUGAGUUUGAAGGAGAGGAAUGUAUCGUUUCAUAUGACACGUUCAAGAAAUGAAAUUGGCAUCGCAUUCCCUCAUGCCAUUGCAAACUUCUACUUGGAAACGAAUGAUUGUACUAACACUUGCUCAGUUAGAUACGAUUUACUACCCGGUUACGUUUAUUGGUUGAAUCUAAAGUUUGGAGUGCGACAAUUCAUUGAUCAUAUUCUUGAAACAUUUCACCUUCACAAAAUUGAUAUUUCAAUAGAACAAUCCUAUGAUUACGAUAAGACCGAAAGAAACUUCGAACUGCUCAAGGGGCUGAAAAUUGACGAAUUCAUCAUGAUUGUGUGGUUGAAUUUUAUCAGCGAUUUUAACCAACAGGCUUGGAAACUUUUUUCUGUUCAAUCUGAAUCGAUUAGUUUGAACAACUUUCCAUUUGAGGAUAUCAAAAAAAUUCAUUUGACGGCAUGCCAAAAUCAUUACAAAGCAUCGUUGAAAUUGGGGGAUGCUCGUAUGACACUUAAUGAUAUACUAGCAUUUAAUUCUUCUAUAUUGUGGGUUAAUUGCCGCCCUAUAUUAACGGAUAAAGAUGUGAAUAUAUUCUUGAAACACUGGAUUUGCGGAUGCAAUAGAAGAUUGGAAUACGUUCAUUUGUGGUUCAAAGUGUCUGACAUUUAUCAAAGUGAUGAUGUUGAUCUUAAUAUACUCUUCAAGAACGUGGAUUACUGUAUUGCACCUGUAGAAAGAGAAAUAUUAGCUCAGCCGUAUGGAGUGCCCAAAGAAUGUUUCAAAGGAGGAUUUGACGUCACACGACUUGAUGGAACAAAGGCAAUAAUCACUGUAGAUCAUCUAUAUUCGAUAUUUAAAAUGGUUGUUUUGAGUUAA